UGUGGAGAGGAGGCGGGGCUUGGCGUUAAUGCCAGCGCGAGACACUGAGCUCGAGCGCUACAGGCGUUAGGACAUUAUGUGAUUGGGUUCUUCACGUUUCCGUGCUCCAGCGUCGCGUUAAACUUGUUUAUUUGGAGUGGAGUGGAGCUCGUUAGCGUUUUAUCAUCGUUAGUUCGGAUUGUUGUCGUUGGUGUUGUUGUUUUUAUUAAUAGUAAUUUCUCCAGGUCGGUUGCUGAGUUGCAUGCGCGCGCGCGUGUUGACGGCGAGAGCGGUAGCGAGAAGUGAAGCGCGCGAGGAAAAGGGCGAAGAGCCGGAGGGAUGGUGGACAACUCCAACAGCGCCAAGACUCAGAUGGAGAGCAGUUUAGGAGGCAGCGUUUACCCUCAGGGAGGUGCAGCGGGGGUGAAGCUCGAAGCUGUGAUGGAGCAUUUGCAGCGGCAGCAGCAGGCGCGUUUGGAGAUGGAGCGCAAGGAACGGCGCCUGCGUGACGCUCAUCUGAUGUACGCUCAGCAAGUGGCCGCUCAGCACGCCAUCCUGGCGGCGGCCCGAGCCUCGGCGCUGGGCAGCAGCGCUAAAGCCCAGGUGCACGGGGUUGCCCUGGAGAGGCCGGACGAAGUGGCUCGGGGCAGGGACUCGGGCGACGACGACGACGAUGGCGAUGAUGUCGAUGCUGAUAACGAUGACGAAGAGGAACCGAUGGCUGAUGAAGGCAGCGAGGAGGAGGAGGACGGCCCAGUGAGCGGGCUGGAGUUUUUGCGCAAGCAGACGCUGGCGCUGCAGCAGAGCGCCAUGGCCAGGCAGUUUACAGGCUACGCUGCUGGCACUGCGGCAGGAACCAGGAUUCAGAGAGACGAUUCGUCUCCCAUCAGGGUCAAACAGGAGCCAGAGGAUGAACUUUCACCUGCUGGUCCGCAAACAGCCACAUCUCCAAACGGACAGGCCGACUGGGGCUACGACGAACACUUCAAACAGAACGGCAGUGGUGUGUGGGGAGAGGAAUCAGACAGUAACCGAUCGAGAGGAGAGGCCUCCAGAGACUUCGCCAAGUUGUAUGAGCUGGACAGUGACCCCAACAGGAAAGAGUUUCUGGAUGAUCUCUUCACCUUCAUGCAGAAAAGAGGAACCCCGGUGAACCGAAUCCCCAUCAUGGCCAAGCAGGUGCUGGAUCUCUACAUGCUCUACAAGCUGGUGACGGACAAAGGAGGCCUGGUGGAGGUCAUCAACAAGAAGAUCUGGCGAGAAAUCACCAAGGGCCUGAACUUACCCACCUCCAUCACCAGUGCCGCUUUCACACUCCGCACACAGUAUAUGAAGUAUCUGUACCCGUAUGAGUGUGCACGCAAAGGUCUGAGCUCUCCCAGCGAGCUGCAGGCCGCCAUCGACAGCAACCGGCGUGAGGGGCGUCGCCCCAGCUACAGCAGCAGCCUGUUUCGCUUUAGCUCCUCCCCCAGCUCCGCCCCCCACAUUCUCUCCCCUCCCAAAAUGCACCUGGCUGCUUUGGGUGCUGGAGCUGCAGCAGCGCUGAACGGCCUGCAGGGGGCAUCAGUACCCUCACUCAAGGCUCUCGAAGAUGCCUCCCCGUCUCUGCUGGCGGCUCGUGUCCCGGCUGUGGCUCUGGCUCUGGGGCCGCAGCAGAUGGCGGGACUGGCUCGGGCGGCCACGCUGGAGCAGCUGAGGGAAAAGCUGGAGACCGGCACAGGACUCGGAGCCUCUGAGGGGCCGGAGAGGAAGAUGGCACGUCUGGCCGAGGAGCAGCAGAGACUCAUGCAGCAGGCACUUCAACACAACCUGCUAGCCAUGGCGUCCCACAUGCCCAUGAACCUGCGCAUGGGUCUGACACCAAGAGAAGAUAAGCACGACCUGGCCUUGAGCAUUUCCUCCACAGGGUCUGCCAGCAUCAGUGUAUCCGUAGAGGUCAACGGUGUUGUCUACUCAGGAACACUGUUUGCUCAGAAGCCUGCGUCAGUGACUGUGUCUUCUGCAGCCAGCAUGUCGUCCGUGACGCCCAACACCACCUACACCUUCCCCAGCCACAGCCCCUCCUCCUCUUCCUCUAAAGGUCCCAGCUCAGCCGAGCCGUCCACCAGCGGCUCACCAUAGUACAGGACGAGGAGGCCGAGGAGGCCGAGUCCUCCCCUGCCCAGGCUUCAGCCUCCUCCAGGCCGCGGCACAACUGCAGCACACCUCGCAAAGAUGUUUUGAAAAAAAUCAGACUGUUACGCAACCAGUACCUCAUUUACUUUUUAUCAGUCUUGGCUGUCUAUACAUGUUCAGACAUAUUUAAUACACACACACACACACACACACAUACUCACGUACACACGUACAGACACACAUGCAUACACACAUACAUACACACAGACAUGUACAAAUUACUUAUUCACAAACACUGUGCUAAAUAAAACGCUAAACACAAUCAGGACAUUCAGCCAAAAUCAACUGACAGGUGUUCAUCACAGGACUUGAAGAUUUUUAUUUAGGAGAAAAAAAAAUGCUAUUUUGUUUGUCUUCUGAGUUUGGAUUUUUUAAAAUGUUUUUUCCUCUCUUUUUUCCCCUCUUUUUACAUACCUCAGAUUGAGCAAUCUGCAGCGGGUGAAUAUUACAGUAACAUCUUUACCUCAGGAGCUGUAGUAAUUACUCUAGCUGAGUAAAUUUUAUUUUCGUAAUCUAUUUGAAUUUCUUAGAAUCAGUAAAAGAGGGGAUUUUCUCGCCUCAUCGUGUUGCUAUACAUUCACUUUCCUCAGAGCCUAAAACCUCAUACCUAGCUGCAGCGUUGUUGGGGGUUAGACCUGGUUUAUACCUGAAGCAUAACUACGUGUGUGCUUGUGGACGCAGCAGUGUGAGCAGCAUUAGCCACACACUCACCUGCAUACUGUUUGUACUCAGGCAGGAUUAAAAUUGACGUCCACUGAAGCAGCUCUGUCCAUCAGGUUUCCCUGUCGAAGUGGGACAUGUAUUUGUUGCUGUUACUUUCUCUUUAAAACUUUCCGAUCAUGCGCUGGUCUCCGAAAAAAUGUCCUUACAUUUAAAAAUUUGAUUUACUUAUCACAGAAGAUUCAGCAAAUUCAAACAGUAACUUUGAUAAGGAGAUUUGUCUAAAUUAGUGAAUGUGAUUUGAGAGACAGUUCUAGUUAUUUUAAAUCCCGUCACAUCACGCUGUACACCCCCUUCAGAGUGUUGAAUGACUGCAGGACACACACACAGCAGCCAUUCUGCACACACGUAAUUAAAAGCAAGUAUAAACCCAGGCUUAGGCUCCUUUGGAUGAACAGGAGAACUAGAAAAGAAGACGACGUUCUGAUCACAGAGACGUUACAACUGCAAAACGAGCCAAAGUUUCAACUUGAAUUAAAUGCAGCUGAACUUUUCCAAAGCUCGCGAGCUGCGUGCCCACGGUGUGCGUUUACACUGACGGGUGCUGUUCAGAAUGCUCAGAAUACUGCUGCUGCUGAUGGUCUGAACAGUACCAGAAAAUACCUCAAACCAGUAAAUAUGAGGAAAUGUACAGUAAAUGUGUGGUGUUCUCAGGAAUGAGUGCAGUAUUUCUGUGUAAUGCUACUCAUCAUAUCUCCUCCAGUCUGUGGCCUCGGGCAGGCUUUUCAUUUCAGACUGGGCCUUGAACAGUUUAAGAGCUUUUAGACGUCACAACCUACCUCAACGUCAUUCAGCUGUGGAUUUCUGAUGUUUUAUUUUACUUUUAUUAUGUUUUAUUGGUAGGGCAGCACCCAGCGUAACUCAUGAAUAGCUGAUAGCUCUGAGCUCGUGCAUAGCUCAGAGAUGUGGUCACUAUAUGCUGUAGGACAAUCACCGAAGGUGGCGUCGGGGCGACAAGCGCCUGAAUGGCAGCCCAGAGCCAGAUGUUCUCGAACCUGCACACUGACGAGAUGCUGGAAUAUAUUAGAGUAUGGUUUAAAUAGCGUAGAGAACGCGAGAGUCUGCGUCUCGUCACUUUGUGCUUAUGGGUGUGUUUAGUGCUAGUUUUAUUCAUUUUUCUCAGGAUUUGAAACGCUGUAAAAUCAAAUCGCAUUGAUAUUUGCCUCUCGUAAUGGGAAGGCAGCUUUCUCAGGAACUACUCUGAUGACUCUUAUGGUCAGUAAAAAACAUCGUUAGUCUUUAUUUUCUUUGAGAAAUACCUCAUGCUCUCUGAUGGAGACACUAACGUAUCCCGUGCUGCCGUGCUAUUGGAACACAACCAGACAUGAGUAGCAUUGUGGAUUGCUGAAUCAGAAUUCCAUGAAUUCCUGCCUGAUUCCAGAUUCCCCCAAAUUCAGAGAUUUCUCUCUCACUUCAUCUCUUACGUACUUUUCUGCAUUCGUACAAUCAUGGUGGUGCAUUCUGGAUCGCUUGCACAGCUAGAUACCAAAGAGCAGCUCACUUUCUAUCUGUCUGACUGUAACCACGGGGUACAGAGCAUUUGUUGCCCACAGUUUUUUCAAGUUAAAUCAAAAAUUGAACUCUAUGGAUGCCAUUUUGUACAAUAUCAGUAUAGCAGAGAUUAAUGAAGCCCCUUUUCUAUCGACACAGUGCUGGUGCUGGAACCGCUGCUGCUUCAGGAACCAGGAGAGCUUUUUAAGAAGCAGCUGCUUUUCCACCGCUUUGAGAACCGAACUGUAAUCAGAUGUGAGAGUUUCUUAAAAAGUCCUCCAUUGGUUUGGAGAACACUGGACGUUGCUCUAGGGCGGUUUUGUUAGCAACAGCUGCAGAUUCUCGUUUGAGAUGCGUAAACUUCAAAACUCCUUCAUGCAUUUUCUACUAAUCGUAGUUAUGCUUAAGUUGCCAUGUCAUGUCGAAAAGUAAAGCUGUUCCUUGGAGAGCAGAAUCAUUUUGCUUGUGAAGGUACAUUGCGUAACACGACAGCAAGCAAGAAGCCGCUUUGUCUCUUGUGGGUGUGUAGCGACUGUUACUUUCGGCGCUUGUGGGUGUUUUUUAAAUUCUCAUGAGAAACAACAGUAACCAAAAUGUAUCUCCUACACCCUGCUGUGCAAUCACGUGUUACGUGCUCGGCUAUGUACUAGCUUCGUUGACAGAUUCGCAAGCUAACUGUACAAGCUACGUACAUUCAGCUGAAGCAUUAAUGAUCUCUGCUACUUGCUUUUCAAGCUUUGUUUCGCUUUGAUAUAUCGCUGCACACAUUUCAGAUGAUAAGAUGAACCCACGGUUAUUUAUAAGUUUCUCUUCCAUUUUUGCGUGUCAAACAGUACUUGGGAUUUAAUUACAGAAAAAGAAUUGGCUCUUUUGUGGUGGAAAAGCACAGAACGGUUUGAUGGUACUGUUGGUACCGACUCUAGAACCAGCACCAGGAUCUUGUUGAGGGAGAAAAGGGGAUGUUUGGAGAGGAACGGAUCUGAUGUGUUGGUUAGUAAUGAUUUUAUUAAAUAGUGUAGGAGAUCAUUGAAGUGGAGGUCUGAAAUGUAUCACUCUGGAAAGUAGAUGUGAGGUUUUUUUUUAAAUAUGAAAACACUGAAGGUGCCCAAAGAGGAACCACCAUGUAGUGUUGUCUGUCUCUUGCUCCGUCUCUCUAAGCUCAGGAAGUACAUUUUGCCAAAUGCCUCAUGCCUUCCCUUCUGAAAUUUCACCUUCCUUUAUAUGCUUAGCUGCUUGUAAAUGCUUUGUGCUUCUCCACACUGCUGAUCUAAAGCAUGUGUGUAUCUGCGAUCAGAUUUGUGAAUUGUGUGUUUUUUUGUUUUUGUUUUUUUUUUUUCCCCCACGGAGCAGUUUACAGCCGUGAGGCUCAGCGUCGUGUACAGUGAUGCUUUUUUACAGUCAGGGAAAAGUUGCGCUCAAAUGAACUGCUGCUGUUAAAGGACGCUGUAGUUGCCUUAAUCGCUGGAGAGACCAGGACGGGUUUCAGGAUUUCUCCAGAACAGAAUGUCGAGGCUCUUUUUCAAGGGUUUAUCAAACUGAAGAGAAUUGUACCUUUAAAGUCCAGCUGCACAAAAUACAAUCAGCGUCACACACCGUGUCAGGCGUAUUUAUAUAUUUUAGAUUUUUUUUUUUUUUUAACUGGUCUUACAGGUUAUACAUAUUUGAGUAGAUUUUAAAGACCUCCUGGUUUUGAAUGAGUGAGUGUGUGUGUGUUUGUGUGUGUACAUUUGCACAUCAGAUGAUCAGGUUUUAAAGGUAAAAGUUACAUUAGUCACUUUAUCAUUCACAAUCCAUCACCGCCAGGUGUUCUGCCUCUAGAUGGUGCUUCAGUACAAUAUGUAUUCAGUUUACAGUUUACAAAGGAAUCGUGUGCGUGCGUGUGCGUGCGUGUGCGUGCGUGCGCGUGUGUGUGUGUGUGUGUGUGUGUGUGUGUGUGUGUGUGUGAGAGAGAGAGAAGCUGCUUAACUGUCUACUUCCCCUGUAUAAUCAUAAUAGAUGUUCCAGUACUUUAGUUUAGUGAAUCCUGGGUGGUCAGGUCAGCAUGAGUGUAAAAUUCAGGAACAGAACUUUACCCAGAAAGCAUUGCAGUCUUAAAAAUGUAGGAACUGCAGUUUGAAUACAGAGCUGUGACAUCAGCACUCUUGAGCGAUCUGAUACUGAUGUCCUCACAGAUACCCAAGCCAAAUCUCUAUGAACGUCUAGGUUAUGGGAAAUGUCCGAGGCGUGACUUUGCAAAAUCACUGUCGUGGAGUUAGUCUCUCACAAGACUUUGGGCUUCGAAGACAAUCUGGUACACUUCAUCAGUAAACGUGACCAAGAACCGCCUGUUUUUACAGUCGACAAAUACCUGACAUUAACUUCCUCACUAAACAAGUGAAGUAACAACUUCACAUUUUUUGAGUCCAGUGCCUAUGUCAUGGUCUGAAACACUCAUUCAAAUUUUUCUGACAUGAAAUUCAGCUCACGUAAGUGCAGAGAGCCAAUCAGAUUGCAGCCUUUAACAUUCUGAUGCGAAAUAGACAAAAACAGGAACAGAUCUUUACCCAGAAGGCAUUGCAGUCUCAUAUAUGUAGGGGUGCACCAAAUGAAGUGUCAAUACGGAGCUGUGACAUCAGUGCAUUGAGUAUCAUAUAUCACGAGCCAAAUCUCUACAAACUUCUGUUAUGAGAAACGUACAAUAGACCAUCGCGCCUUGGACAAGAUUUUGUUGUGUAGGUAGUCUGACAAGACUUUUGGCUUUGAGGACAAUCUGUUUUGCCAAUAAACUUGACCAAGAACUGUCUACUUUUACAGAAAAAGACAUACGACUGACAUGUCAGUUGACCAAUCACGGCUCUUUUGUCCUAAGCCAUCAACACGUGACAUUAUUUCAUUUACUCAUCACUACCCACUUCAAACAAAACUCUGUAACUUGUAAGAUGGGAUGCCAUGGGCUUUUUUUUAGUCCAGUGAUGAUAUCAUGCUCAUUGUGUCAUGUUCAGGUUUGGUUUCCUGCUGAAUUCCAGCACAUGAAAGUGCAGAGAGCCAAUCAGAUUGCAGCUUCAAAUAUUCUGAAGCUUGUGGCCAGAAAAGUGUACAAAAGAUAUCAGACUCUCUGCAUGCUGAAAGUCAACAGCAUAAAAUACAUCACAAACACAAACUGAUUGAGGGGAACACCAGCCGUCCUACUCGUACUCCGUACCGUUUUGGUGCAUCACUAGAUUUGAGACUUCCAUUCAGUGAAAAUGAGAUGAUAUAUUUACUAUUUCAAAAAUAUCUAAUGAUUUUUAUUAUUGAGUCCUUUGAGCAUAUUCGAAUGAAAAAAAAACAACUGUAAACCAUGAAGGAAAUGACUUCAUCUGCAGUGUUCUUGUUGCCCCAGGGUUGAGUGUGUUCCUGUUGAGAAAUCUUAAUGCUCACUACACACUACACACGACACACUCCUCGAAUUUUCUGCGUCAUCAGGGAGUCAACGAGGCAUUUCGAAAGCAGGAACUCUUCAUUUCUCGACUUUACUCAGAAAUGUCAGAAAUCUCAGCAGCAGCUGUAUCACCACUUCACCUCAACUCCACAUCUGUCUGUGUAUUAUGCAUAUGCAAGUGGUUUCUGGAAUACCUCAUUUGUCUUCUAGUUUCUUUUUUUUUUUUGUUUUUUUUUUUUUUUUUGGCUUAAAGUUGUACAACGCUCAAUUCAGAAAACUGAACAAUGGUCUUUGUGCAUAUUUUUGUACUGUUGUUAUUAUAUUAUAAUGCUGUUAUUGAUCUAAUUAUAACGAUGAUAUUACUGAUGUUAGUUUUUUUUUUCCCUCUUCUAAUUAAAAUGAGAUUUAGGAUAAGACCCAUGUGAAUGCUUGUAAAACUGGUGUGUGCUGAUUGUAUUCAAAUGUGGAGCACUUUGUUUCCCAAAAAAAAAAAACUGAUUUUUUAUUUUUUUUGACAUUCGGGUUUGUUCACAUCAGUAAUAUUAAAUCUGUGGUUCUCAGGGCUUUCCACAUCUACGAUUAUGAUAAAGUUUUACAUUAUAUCUUAA